UUUUAUGUGUUCAUUUAACAUCUCUAAUUCUUAUAACCUUUGUGAUAUAUUUUUAGGAUUUACAUUGGAGCAAUGUUUCUAUUUAGUGCAUACUGGAUAUAUAGUAUGUAAGUAAACAUAUUUUGUUACUAACAUCUAUAAUUCUUAUAACCUUUGUGAUAUAUUUUUAGGAUUUACAUAUGUGUUGAUUUAACAUCUAUAAUUCUUAUAACCUUUGUGAUAUAUUUUUAGGAUUUACAUUGGAGCAAUGUUUCUAUUUAGUGCAUACUGGAUAUAUAGUAUGUAAGUAAACAUAUUUUGUUACUAACUGAAACAUCAACUCUUAUAAAAUGGACUUUGAUUUAUGUAGGUUUCAUGAAGCUUACAACUACAAACAUUUGAUUUAAGAAGAUAUUUUUGUCUCUUUUAUGAUAAACAAAUCUCCAAUUAUAUAGAAUACACUCUUUAUAACUGUUGAUUUAAAAUUUGAACAAGAUCUCCAAAUACAACUAUAAUUUUUUUUAUUAAGUGGAUACUGCUGCCUCUUUUAUAACUGCUGAUUUAAAAUCUAUUAUUCGAUAUACCAUUUUUAGGAUUUUCUUUGGAAAAUGCAUUCAUUAUUCUCACUGGAUAGAUACUAAGUAAACACGUUUUCUUACUAAUAUGAAUGUUUAAAAUUCGAAUAAUAAUGAAUAUAAUUACAAAAUUUGAAUUAAGCGCAAAUCUCUGCUUCUUUUAUGAUAACAAAUCUCCAAAUUUCUCAGCUCUCUCUCUAUGACUUUUCUGAAUCUGUAGAUUCUCCUCACCUUUUCUGUAUAUUUUGCAGCAAUUAGGUCCCAUUAAUGUUCAGAUCAUCUCACUGAUUCUUUCGUUUUGCUAUUUUUUCUUUUAUAUUUUUGCAAAAAUGUGGGAUUUUGAUUUUCCUUGAAGCUCAAGAUUUACUCUGCGUUCCCCUAAACAUCAAAAUAACUCUCUGUCUGAAGAAAAAAUCCAUAUGGAUGCCUCUCAGCCUCCUCUUCCACCAUUGCCAUCUCUCUCCGGUACACUAACCAAACUUUCUGUCUAUUUAAUGCUUACUUUGGUCUACAUUGCUGUUUGAAAAUUUGUUUUUUACACGUAGAGCUUGAAUCUCGGAUGCAAGUAUUGCGCGUCUCAGCUCUUGAAGAAAACCAAACCGGUGAAACACUUUCUCAGCGUGCUGAAUGGUUUUACCAGAGACGUCCUCUCCUUCUCUCACUCUGUGAAGAUCUCUACGAUAGUUACACAACUCUACUGAACCGUUACAACCACGCCAAACCACAAAACCUCCCUAAACCUGUUUCUCAUGACAAUGAUUCCAACGAUGAUACUGACACCAGUUCUGAAGUUACGAGCCUCUUAUCCUUCCAACAGAUGCAAAUCACCACUUGUGAUAAGCAGAAAAUCGAAGAUUUAGUCUCGCAGCUCGUGACCGCAAGCACGGAGAAAGAUACGGCGCAGGAAGAGUUGCGUCGCGGAGAACAAAAGUUCCGAGAAGCUUCCAAGACGAUCGAGCUGUUAAAGAAGCUUGUGACGUUGCUUGACAUGGAGAAAGAAGUAGCGGUAGAGCAAACAGCGAAUCUUGGAUACAAACUCACUUCUCUCUUGGAAGAGAACAGAGACCUCGCCACCGAAGCGCUGUUCAUGAAAAAAGAAGCAGUGAGGCUCGCUAGAUGCGUGCUUAAGAUGAGGGACGAUCAUUUUCACGAGAUGUGUCUUCUACAGAACCAAGUGUACGCGUUGCAGUCUUCAUCGAGAGAGUCUGUUUAUGAAAACGAAACCUCGCCGAGAUGCUUCGGAUUGGAUAAGAGCAAGAGCAAGAAGAGAAAGAUGAGUGAAACAAGAACCGAACCUGGAGAGAAGAAGAGGAAGUCUAAGUGGUUGAAGAGACUUAAUCCGUUUAUCAAAUCCAGCGUCAGCCCAUCGCCUGCUUUGCUCCAUCGUCCUGCACAAUAAAUUAUUUCACUCUUUACGUUGAAUUUUGCAUAUUUUAUUACACUAGUUAGCAUGCUUUGCAAUAAUGUUUGUCUGCUUAAGUUCUACUUGCCAUGUUAAACAUAGCAGCCUGUUCAUGUUUUCUAAUCCAUAGUAAGAAGUAGUGCUGAAUAAUCUGCUUUGAUUCAACUUGUUUGAUGUUUACUAAUAUGAGUUGACUGAAAUGGAUGCAGUAAAUAAACUGAGACUGGCACACAACUCUGAUGAUCAAGCUAGUAGUGGUAUGAGAUUCAACUAAUUUAUCACGUACACAUUGUAGCGAUGAGAUCUUAUUCAGAGGCUACCUUGUUCUGUAAUCAUCAUUAUA